AUGGGUUUACUGACGAAGAUGGAGAACCUGCUACGGCUUAACCGCCCUCAGACCCAGAAUUUCAUCAUGGGAUGGUAUGGCGCCGAAGCUCUCUCCGUUGGUGGUAUAUACGUCGCCGUCAUCGGCCUCGGGGCAGGAGGAGGAAAGCCCAGCUCUGCGCAGGUGGCCUCGUUGACGAAUGUGAUUAUCUAUGGCCUCUUUACCAUCUGUGGCUGGUUUGGAGGCACUGCUUUGAACAUUCUCAAGCCCAAACUGAGCAUCAUGAUCGGCUCAAUCGGAUACCCGUUGUAUGUUGCAGGGCUUUGGUAUUACGAUCGAACAGGCCACAGCUGGUUUCCGCUAUUCUCAGGCGCAGUACUCGGCUCCUUGUGUGGCCCCCUCUGGACUGCUGCGGCUUUCAUCCAGUUCGCCUAUCCCCAGGAGAAGGAUAAGGCAAAGUUCAUCAGUAUUCAAUGGAUGCUCAGAUCGACUGGCGCUACGGUUGGGGCAAUAAUCGCCUUUGCUGCCAACUAUCAUCAACAGAAAGCUGUCGGUGUAUCAAGCGCUGUCUACGGCACGUUUACAGCCAUUCAUUGUCUUCCAAUCUUCAUUGCAUUCUUCUUCAUCAUUGAUCCACAGAAAGUCAUCCGUAAGGAUGGGACACACAUUGCCAUCUUCAAGCCCACCAAACUCUCUGUCGAAUUAAAAUCAAUGGUUAGGACUUUCUUCGACCCUAGGAUGUUCAUCCUCUUCCCUGCCAUCCUUGGUUGCGAGAUGUCACUUGCUCUCGUCAGCAGUAUCAACGCGUUCUAUUUCAACCUCAGGACUCGUUCCUUGAACAACCUGGCAUUCCAUUCUAUCCAGGUCAUCAUGCCUUGGCUGAUGGUCUUCGUCCUUGACAAUCGCAAGAUCCAAAGCCGUAAAAUCAGGGGGUUCGUGGGAGUUGCGUUCAUUGGAGCAGUGUCCGUUGGUGCGAGCGCCGGCCUAUACGCGUGGCUGGAUAUCACCAAUAUCGGCUCACUCAAGAAACCUCAGGCUAAAGACUGGACUGACCCUGAAUUUGGCGGCAUGUUUGCCUUAUUUGUCCUCUUUGGUGCUAUCUAUUCCGCAUACCAGAUGACAAUAGAAUGGGUUCUCAGCGCUUUAACCAAUGACCCGUCUAGGCUAGCACAGUUCGGAGGAGUCUUCAAGGGGACCUUAAGCUUGGGUAUAUGUAUCUCCUUCGUCAUGGCUGCGGAAAAUGUGCCCUUCGUGGGCCAGCUGUCUUUGCAGUUUUCCCUCUAUGUCAUCGGGAUCAUCGGCAUGGUUUACGUCCUGAUAGUUUAUGUCAAAGAAACCAACUACUUCACCGAAGAGAAUGUCAUCGCGCCAUUGAGUGUGGAGGAGCAAGCUAAACUUGCUGGCCUGGUCACAGAGGAGCAGAUUGAAUCAGAGGAGCUGAUGCUGCGUAAGGGAUAG